AUCAUCGAAAUAAUUUAUCGUUUGUUCGUUUAUUUAUAGUUUGGAGCUGAUAAUGCAACGUAUUUUCCGAUUUGCUUCACCAAAAUUGAAUAAUGUUGGGAACGCAAAAUAUUCAUCAUUGCCUACGCCGCUGACUUCACCGCAAAUCCUUUAUUCGGGGAUUUUUAUUAACAACGAAUGGCAUAAAAGUAUCGACGGAACUGUCUUUCCAUCUGUAAAUCCAUCCAAUAAGCACAUAAUUGCGGAAGUACAGCAGGGUAGCAAAGCUGAUAUUGAUUUAGCAGUUUCCGCAGCACGAGAAGCAUUCAAGCUCGGAUCUCCAUGGCGCCGUAUGGAUGCAUCUAAACGUGGAUAUUUGUUACAUAAAUUGGCUGAUUUGAUGGAACGUGAUCGCGUUUAUUUGGCGAGUUUGGAAACACUUGACAAUGGUAAACCAUACUACAUGUCGUACAAUGUUGACGUUCCAAUGGCUAUCAAUAAUCUUCGCUAUUUUGCUGGAUGGGCCGAUAAAAAUCAUGGUAUGGUUGUACCAACUGAUGGAGAUUUUUUUGCCUACACCCGGCAUGAACCAGUUGGUGUUUGUGCUCAAAUUAUACCGUGGAAUUUUCCUAUUCUGAUGGUUGCUUGGAAAUUUGGGCCCGCACUAGCAACUGGAAAUACAAUAGUUUUGAAACCGGCAGAACAAACUAGUCUUACGGCUCUUUAUAUAGCUCAAUUAACCAAAGAAGCCGGUUUUCCAGCAGGUGUAGUGAAUGUUGUCCCAGGCUUCGGCGAUGCAGGAGAAGCACUGGUACAGCACCAUGAUGUGGAUAAAGUUGCAUUUACUGGAUCUACAGUAGUAGGUAAAAACAUACAGCAAGGAUCUGGUUUAAGCAACUUAAAGAGAACUACUUUGGAACUCGGAGGCAAGAGCCCAAAUAUAAUUUUAUCUGAUGCCGACGUGAAGCAUGCAGUUGAAACGUCCCAUUUUGGAUUGUUUUUUAAUAUGGGUCAGUGCUGCUGCGCAGGAUCCCGUACUUUUAUUGAAGACAAACUAUAUGAUGAAUUUGUUGAGCGCAGUGUCGAAAGAGCCAAUAAACGUGUCGUCGGUGACCCUUUCGAUGUAAUGACCGAGCAUGGACCACAAGUGGAUGCGGUGCAGUUUGAUAAAAUUUUGAGAAUGAUUGAAUCUGGAGAAAAACAAGGUGCAAAGAUAGUAGCUGGUGGAGAUAGAUAUGAAGGUCUUCCAGGAUAUUUCAUUCAACCAACUGUUUUUGCAAACGUAACAGACGACAUGAAAAUUGCUCGCGAAGAGAUAUUCGGUCCAGUUCAACAAUUGCUUCGAUUUAAGUCGUUAGAUGAGGUAAUAGAACGUGCAAACAACACAGAAUAUGGCUUAGCCGCUGCUGUUUUUUCCAAGGAUAUAGAUAAGAUCAAUUAUGUAGUUCAAGGGCUUCGAGCAGGUACAGUUUGGGUAAACAGUUAUAAUGUAUUAUCAGCGCAAGCACCAUUUGGUGGGUAUAAAAUGUCCGGACAUGGUCGUGAAAAUGGCCAAUACGCGUUACAAUCAUAUACGGAAGUUAAAAGUGUUAUUAUUCGUAUUCCAAAUAAAAAUUCAUGAUUGUCCAUAGAGAAAAAUGUUGUACGAUUAGAAGCUGUGGAAUAUGGAAUUUGUUUAGGUUUAUCGCAAUAAAACUAGUUCGAUUACGCACGAAAUAAUUAUACGCUUUGCCUUUCUGCUAUAUAAAUAUAUAGGAUAAAGGUAUUAUAGUAAUCGCUCGGAAAACCGAAUUU